AUGUAUCCCGUCCAGUAUGCUCCGCAACCAUAUGUGGCUGCCGUGACACCUGCGUUCAAUCAACAGCCUGCUCAGGCUUAUCAAGCGCCUCCAAUCGAUCGACCAGCUCCAGUUCAACAACGUGCUGCGGCUCCUCCAGCUUAUCAACAAGCACCAGCAGCUCCUGUUUAUCAACAACCGAGAGCUCAAGCGCCGAGGCAAAAUGCUCAAAACCAAAACAGAAGGCAAGGGGAGAAGGCGACCUUCAAUCCAAUCCCAAUGUCGUACACUGAGCUUUAUCCCUCCUUGUUGCAAAAGGGUUUGGUGGUUCCUAGACCUAUGGGACCUCCACCUGACCGUCUUCCUCCAUGGUACAACCCUAAUGCACACUGUCCUUUUCAUGAGGGUGCCCCCGGGCAUGACCUAGAGGGUUGCUACGCUCUAAAGCAUAGGGUCCGGGAAUUGAUUGAGAGCAAGAUCUUGUCUUUUAAGGACAUGGGACCAAAUGUGAAGAGCAAUCCUCUUCCUCCCCAUGGAGAUCCUGCGGUGAACGCCAUUGAAGAUGCAUCUACUGCUAUUAUGGUUGAGAAGGUGGAUGAUGUAAAGACUCCUUUCGCAGCAUUCCAUGCCCGAUUGGUGGAAGCUGGCCUGGUUAAUGUUGAUCAUGACAAUUAUGAAGAGUGUGCCACAUACCCAAAGGAAUGUCAGGUGGUACGGGACAACAUUCAAGAUUUGAUGGAUAAAAGAGUGCUUCAAAUAUCCAGUGCUGUGAAGAAUGAAGAUGUGUUGGUAAUUGAACCUUGUUUCAAUUUACCUGAACCAGUUGAAAUCCCUUACUAUAGCAGAAGGGUGGCGCCUGAGAAUAGUCAUCCGUUGCCUGUGGAAAUAUGUAUGCCCACGCCUUUUCCAUAUGAGAGCACCAAGGCCGUGCCUUGGAAAUAUGAGACUACUGUUGUGGAUAAGGUUGUUGAAGGAAGUGCAGACACUGAAGUGAUAGAAGCUGUAAGUGAAGAUGUCACCAAUAUUGCAGGAAUGAGCAGAAUGACCCGUAGUGGUCGAAUCUAUACGCCCGAAUUCAAUGUGACUCCUCAAGGGCCAAACAAGGAAUCAACGGUUGCAGCUCCCACUAAAGAACCCGAAGUGGUCCAAUCCGAAGAUGCUGUUGAAUUCUUGAAGUUAAUCAAGAAAAGUGACUACAAGGUUGUGGACCAGUUGCAUCAAACACCAUCUAAGAUCUCUAUUUUGUCUCUGCUAUUGAACUCCCAAGCCCAUAGGGAGGCUUUGUUAAAGGUGCUUGCUCAAGCUCAUGUAACACAAAGCAUAACAGUAGACCAAUUUGAUGGAGUAGUUGCAAAUAUCACAGCCUGCAAUACUUUGAGCUUCAAUGGAGAAGAAUUACCUGAGGAUGGACAAAAUCACAACCGUGCUCUCGAUAUCUCGGUGAAAUGCAAAGAUGAUGCUUUGGCGAGAGUUUUGGUUGAUACUGGAUCUUCUCUGAACGUGAUGCCAAAGAGAACACUCGCCAAAUUAUCUUAUCAAGGACCAGCUAUGAAGCCUAGUGCCUUGGGGCAGUUACCUCCACCUUACAUCAGAAAAUGA